AUAUAGACAGAAAGGCAAGAAGAGGUACCACACAGGUCUUCCCUUCCCUUCCUUGAAUCCCUAAUCCAACAAAAAUGAGCGACUACCAGAGAGCACCGCAAGACCCAUACCCUCCGCCAUACGGGACUCCGUAUCCGCCACCACAAGGCUACCCUAUAACACAACCGCCACCGGGUUACCCAUCUGCACCACCGCCACCUUCCUAUGAAGGCUACCCUCCUCCACCACCACCUGGAUACGCAACUUACCCACCGCAACAUCCUCCUCAAUAUCAAAGCUAUCAGGGCUAUUUCAAUGAUGGAUAUCCUCCUCCACCACCUCCUCCGAAUUACCAUUGCCACCAUGUUCAGCAUCAUUGUCAUGAUAAUGAUCACGGCUCCGGUUGUACUUCUUUCUUCCAAGGCUGCUUGACAGCGCUUUGCUGCUGUUGUAUGCUAGAGGAGUGUUUUUUAUGAAGACAUUGAAAGCUGUGUCUUCUUCAGUUUGGUGCACUUUGGUUGGUUAUAGCUCUCUGGGUAAAAUGUUGCUCAAAUGUAAUGUCUUGCUUGAUUUGUGCGGGAUAUGGGUCAGUAAUGUUUGGUCAUUCUUGUAAUUCUUGGUUUUUUACACUUGCCCUUUUUUGGGUUGUUCAAAGUUUUUGUGGUGUGGUGGUCUUUGUGAAUCUACGUGUAUGGACGCUUAUUAUCUAUUGGAAACUGUAAACAACAGUUGCUGUGUGGAAUUGCAACCUAAAUAUUUAAUAAACCUUUAUAUCA